GGCUGGGGUGGGGAGGGGGGCUCCUCGAGCCGCUGAGUCUGGGGGCUGGGACGUCCAGGCCCCUCCUCCUGCAGCCGCCGCAGCUCUUCCAGCUCCUCGGAGCUCUGCGGCGGCCACGGAAGCGGGCGCCGCUGCGGGCUGACCCCCGCACGCUGUCCUUCCCGGCUCCGGGCCAGGAUCGGAACAGAGGACAGUGCACCAGCACAGCGGAGAGCAUCCUCCCGCAUCCUCCCGCAUCCUCCCUCGGAGCUGGUCCUCGUCCGGACCAGAGCCACAGCCAGCUCCGCCCUCCUGUCUUCGCUCCGCCAGAAUAUGGCCACCGAGGUGCACAACUUGCAGGAGCUCCGACGCAGCGCCUCCCUCGCCACCAAGGUCUUCGUCCAGCGGGAUUACAGUGAUGGGACCAUCUGCCAGUUCCAGACUAAAUUCCCCCCAGAACUGGACAGCCGGAUUGAGCGGCAGUUGUUUGAGGAGACGGUGAAGACGCUGAACAAUUUCUAUGCCGAGGCUGAGAAGAUCGGGGGCAGCUCCUACCUAGAGGGGUGUCUGGCUUGUGCCACGGCCUACUUCAUCUUCCUCUGCAUGGAGACCCACUAUGAGAAGGUCCUGAAGAAGAUUUCCCGCUACAUCCAGGACCAGAAUGAGAAGAUCUUUGCCCCUCGGGGCCUCCUCCUCACAGACCCUGUGGAACGGGGCAUGAGGGUGAUGGAGAUCUCCAUCUACGAGGACCGGUGCAGCAGCGGCAGCUCCAGCAGCGGCAGCAGCAGCGGCAGCGGCAGCAGCGGCGGCGGCGGCGGCAGCAGCGGCUGCAGCAGCGGCGGGCUCUACUGCCGGGACGAGGGCCUGUCCGAGCUGCGCCGGCUGCGCUACCAGAGCACCCGCUUCUGA